AUGGACUCGCAGUGGCAGCCUUAUCAGGAUCCCUUAAUGGGCCGUCCCGCGCAGUUCAAUAACGGGCAGCCGCUUGCUGCUAAGUACGGUGGUCAGCCACAACAAGCACAACAGGCUCCUGUUGGCUAUACCUAUGAAGCUUUUCAAACACCCGCCCUGACGGCCAAGCCUCCAACCAUGACCGCCAACUCGAAAUCGGUUUCUAUGGCAUCAUCUCCGGCCGCGACGCCACGUAGCCGCGAUUAUGUCACUGAUGCCGACACCACCAUGGAGGACGCGGACCCGUAUAAUCGAGCGAAAUACUCUGCCGCCAGGCCAACUCACCAUAGCCGGCCUUCUUCUCAGUACUUCCCUCACGAAGAGUCUUCGGCGGCUCGCAGGUACUCCCCGAUGAACGUCCUGUCACCCACGAUGCCGUAUAAUUCGAGUCCCGGGAAGGGUCCCGCUACCUACGUCCAUCCUCCCGCUGCCAACCAGACUCGACGCUCGCCGACGAGAAUGCCGAAUUACUCUUCGCCCCCUCAACCAUAUCAGUCGCCUCCCUCGACUGGAUCGCGACCCCCUAGGCUCCCUCCUUUGCAGUCUACAGACCUGGGCCUCGACCAAUAUUACCCUCCCUCGGCAGGAUCUCAGCUCGGUGCGGCCUUUGGACAAGAUGGGAGGUCUCCACGCCCCACGUCCAUGUCUGGCGCCAGCCAGCAACCAGGCCGCGGACCGGUGCCCAAGUUCCAGAAAAUCAAAUCGGUCCAGGAGCUUCAGCCACGCAUCAAUGUGCAGCCCCCAUACAGAAGAGCUAAUCCCGAAGGCGGCUUCAUUAGUGUAAGUUUCUUGCGAGUCGCCCGGGGCCGUUGUAACUUUCCCUAA